UGGGACUACGGGCCAUGUGACGGUUGUUACGGAAGCUCGGCGGGCAGGGGAUGAACGAAGCGCGGAAACGGUGGGAGGUGAAAAUGAGCCUGGAUAAGACGGAGCUUUGCGACAGUCUGUUAUUAUGGCUCCAGACAUUUCACGUGCCAUCACCUUGUGCCACCAAGGAACAUCUGACCAGCGGAGUUGCAAUCGCCCAGGUUCUUAAUCAUAUUGAUCCCUCCUGGUUUAAUGAGGCCUGGUUAGGUCGUAUUAAGGAAGACAUCGGUGACUGGAGGCUGAAGGUAAGCAACUUGAAGAAAAUCCUUCAGAGUAUGUUGGAGUAUUACCAUGAUGUGCUGGGACACCAGAUUUCUGAGUACAAUCUGCCGGAGGUCAAUCUAAUAGGAGAGCACUCAGAUACAGCAGAGCUUGGCCGAAUGCUACAACUUGUGCUGGGCUGUGCUGUCAGCUGCGAGAAAAAGCAAGAAUACAUCCAGCACAUCAUGACACUUGGGGAGUCUGUACAACAUGUUGUAAUGACAGCCAUUCAGGAGCUUUUGACCAGAGACCCUUGUGAACCAGCACAUAGUGACAGCUACAGUGAAGUGGACUGCCAGUUGAAAAGAUUCAGCUUGUGUGAUGAGGUAGAAUCAAGAGAUGAGCUCUCUCAGCGCUGUCACGAACUCGAUCUUCAGGUUGCAACUCUGUUAGAGGAAAAGAACAGUUUACAGGCAGAGAACAGUGUUCUGCGUGAGCGGAUGAGCCGGGCAGACUCUCUGGAGGACUCGACCAAUGUCACCAACAAGAAGCUGCUGCUUCUGCAGAGCCAGCUGGAGGCACUACAGGAGGAGAAUUACAGGUUGGAAGCAAUGAAAGAUGACUUCCGUAUCCGGUGUGAGGAGAUGGAAAAGGAAGUGCUGGAAUUACAGCACAGGAACGAUGAGCUCACUAACCUGGCUGAGGAAUCCCAGUCUCUCAAAGAUGAAAUGGACGUAUUACGGCAUUCCUCAGACAAAGUUAGUAAGCUGGAGGCCACUGUGGAGGCCUAUAAGCGGAAGCUUGAGGACUUGGGAGACCUGCGUCGACAAGUCAAGCUACUGGAGGAGAGGAGUACCAUCUACAUGCAGAAAACCUUCGACCUGGAGGAGGAGCUGAAAAAAGCAAAUUCUGUACGCAGCCAAUUGGAGGUUUACAAGAAACAGGUCCAUGAGCUUCACAACAAGCAUACAGAGGAGUCAAUGAAAACAGAGAAGUGGCAGUUUGAGUUCAAGCACCUACAGGAGAAACACGAUGCCGUGCUGAAAGAGAAAGAGAGAUUAAUAGUGGAACGCGACGGCCUCAGAGAAACCAAUGAGGAGCUGAGAUGUGCACAGGCACAGCAGAAUUUCUUGAGUAAGGCUGCGUCUGAUGAAGAUUUAUCCGUGGGGAAUCUUGCAGCAGAGAUGGUCCCUGCAGAGCUCCAGGAGAAGGUUAUACGGCUGCAGCAUGAGAACCAGAUGCUGCGUGUACAGCAAGAGGAGACAUACAAAGAUCGAUUAACAGAGUUCCAGAGCGUACUGGAUGAUGCCAACAGACACACUCACAAACUGGAGAGUGAAAACAGGCUGAACCAACAGCAAAUCACUGAGUUACGGUCCCAGGUAGAACAGCUCCAGAGGGCUCUACAGGAACAGGGCAGCAAAGCUGAAGAUUCUAAUUUGCUGAAGCGGAAACUGGAUGAACAUUUGGAAAGACUACACGAAGCCCACACUGAACUGCAGAAAAAACGAGAAUAUAUCGAUGACCUCGAGCCCACGGUUGACAGCUACACAGCCCGUAAGAUUGAUGAGCUGCAAGAGGUCUUAAAGAAGAAAGAUGAAGACAUGAAGGCUAUGGAGGAGCGCUACAAGAAGUACCUGGAGAAGGCACGGACGGUUAUUCAGACUCUUGAUCCUAAACAAACUCCAGCAACUGCUCCUGAAGUACAAGCCUUGAAGAAUCAGCUCCAUGAAAAGGAGGUUAAGAUUCAGUUGUUAGAGAACGAUUUUGAAAAAAACAAAUCCCAAAGAGAUCAAGAGGAGAAAUUGAUCAUCAGUGCGUGGUACAACAUGGGAAUUGCUCUCCACCAGAAGGUAACAGAUGAGCGGUCUCGAGGUCCUGGACAAUCACAGUCAUUCUUGGCUCAGCAAAGACAAGCCACUAAUGCACGCCGGGUUUACCCAAAGCGGCUGCAGCAGUCCAUCCCGCGAUAAGUGUGAAAAGUAACUGCAGUACUCCGCUCAACCUCAGUCCAAAACCUGACUAUUCUGUUCCAAGACAUUAAUGAGUUUAUCAUUUUCACACCCCACCCACACCCUUACAAGCUUCUCAACUGACCUGCUGGGGUGUUUUUAUGGUUUGCUCUGCCACUACAAUCAGUGAAGGGUUGGGGGUAGAAUCAUGGUGAUUUGUCUGGGGGGGAGUAAAUCAAAAGUGAUAUUGUGCAGAUGCUGAACUUCUGAAAUAAAGACAAUGUGUCAGAAGUGCUCAGAAAUUUCAGGGAGCAUCUGUCGACGUGAGUGCUUCAUUCAUCAGGUAGGCAUGUUUGUCAGAUCUGAUAAUGGACUGGCAGGUCCAUUAUUUCCCCAUCAUUGUCUUUUCUCCCUUUACUAAUGAUCCUCAGAGACUCUGACCAUUUCUCACUCCCCACUGAUCACCACAACAUCUACCCAUUCGAACCAAGUUUGACGGGAAGCUGUAGGGAGUUGAUUGCAAACAGGUGCUGGCCAUUGUGAGUUUGCCUUUCAGAUAAGACUAAGUUGCAUAAUACAUUAAGUCCUUCAGCAAUUUCUGCUUUCGUUCUAAGAUCCAUACUUCAUAUUAAAAUGGAGAGAGUGUGUGAGUUCCAUUGGUAACACUUCAAGUGCAGUUAUAUAUCUGAGUAGUAGCAACAGGCAGUUUAGAAAGAUGAGUAGAACCAGCUCAGAAACAUGAGUAGCAUCAUCUUAGCCUGGAAUACAUGCACUUUACUGAUAAUGGUACCUGGUAAGUUUUAACAAAGCGUGUGAAACUGGAGGAAUUCGCCCAGGUUUUCGCUGCUGUGGAAUAUGCUCUCCCCUUAAAUUUUUUCUCUUCACGUACUGCUGAAGAAACUCUUUUUAAUGAUUCUCUUGUCCUUCUGGAUAAGUAGUGGAUCUAAUUUUACUGUUUUUUUUCUGGCUAAUUGAUAUUUAUGUGUUUCUUGUUGCUAUAAGGGGGUGAACUGUCAAACUGAACAGAAACCAUAAUGGAGGACAACUUCUAAGAAAAACUUUAGUUUCAAUUUAAAUAUUUUGUAACAUGCAUCUGUAUUGAGCAGCGGCACUAGGGAUGUAUUAUGGAGUCUAGAAUCUUCACUUGUUAAUUUAAAUAAAGAUUUUGUCCUUUAUAUGUCUACAUAGCUGGCUGUCUGAUUAAUUUCUUAAUAAUUUGCACUGGAGUAAUUG